CUGUCACUGCUGCACCUGACAGGAGCUCUGAUUGUGGCUGUCUGCUCUGUGCCAGGCUAUGGAGAGGGAGCAGGAGCAGAGCUUUCUGUGCCUUCAUGCACAGCCUUUCCAGAAAUAGCUGCACUGCCUGUCACCAGGACACAGACACGAGCACAGGGAAAGGCUUGGAUAACCAGGGCUGAAGGGCUCGGGCUUCAUUCACUCCUGUCACUGAUGGCACCAAGGGAAACAGUCUGGUUUGUCCUUCAGAUCCUAGAUUGUGCUCCAGGACAAAUACAAUCAGGAAAAAAAAUUGUAGUUCACUUCUGCUUUGAUCACACUUAAUCAGAGCAGUGAGAGUGGUAGCUGUGCCAGAUGCUCUGGGAAGGAAUUGAUGUUGUAAACCACGCUGCCCUUCUAGAGGGUUUGGACAGAUCUGGAUCUUAGAGAAUCAUUUCCCUGGACUGUCAUGGACUUUCAACAAAAUGAGUUGAACUGUCGUGCUAAUGAACAUGCAGCUCAGUUUUGGGAAUGUAAAUCAGCUGGCAAAACACCUGCCAAAUCAAGUGUCUUAUCCUAACGUAAUGGGUGACUAAAUACACAUUCCCAUGCUGGAGAUUUAAAUAAUCCUUCAGAGCACCGUGAGAGUACCAGAGGCUUUGGCAGACAGAGGAAAACCUACGAAAGAGGAUGAACAAGCUGCAGAGACUGCUUCAGAACAAGAUCCUGAUCCUGACCAUUUGUGCUGCUGGCAUUGGAGGCACGUUCCAGUAUGGCUACAACAUCUCCAUCAUCAAUGCCCCGGCCUCAUACAUCCAGGUGUUCAUGAACACGACCUGGCUGGAGCGCAGGGGCGUUCCCCUGCAGAGCAACGUGGUCCUGCUGCUCUGGUCCUUCACGGUCUCUGCCUUCCCUCUGGGAGGCCUCACUGGGGCCGUGGCUGCUGGGCCCAUGGCCAUCAUGCUGGGCAGGAAGAUGUCCCUGCUGCUGAACAACGGCUUCGUGAUCAUAGCUGCAGCCCUGUCCGGGUGCAGCCGAAUGGCCAAAUCCUUUGAGAUGAUCAUGCUCAGCAGGUUUUUUACUGGCGUGAAUGCAGGUGUGAGCAUGAACAUUCAGCCCAUGUACCUGGCAGAGAGUGCCCCAAAGAAGCUCAGAGGAGCUGUGGCCUUGACCUCUGCAUCGUUUACAGCCCUGGGGCUGGUGCUGGGGCAGGUUGUUGGACUCAGGGAGCUCCUAGGAGGGGAGGAGAGCUGGCCAUUCCUUUUAGCAAGCAAUGUGGUUCCUGCCCUGAUCCAGCUCACAGCUCUGCCGUGGUUCCCUGAAAGCCCCAGAUAUCUCUUGAUUGACCGUGGGGACAAAGAAUCCUGCAUCUCUGCACUGCAGAAGCUCAGAGGCACCAGCGACCUGAGUGCAGAGCUGGAGGAGAUGCUGGCCGAGCAGGCUGCAGUGGCAGGCCAGAGAGCGAAGAGCCCGUGGGAGCUGCUGCAGAGCGCAGCGCUGCGGCGGCAGCUGGCCAGCGUCGUGGUGCUGAGCAGCGCCAUGCAGCUCUGCGGCAACGACUCGAUGUAUUUUUAUGCAGCUUAUGUGUUCCAAGAGGCUGGAAUUCCUGAGGACAAAAUCCCCUAUGUUGUAAUCGGCACGGGAAGCUGUGAGCUGAUCACAUCUGUCACUUGUAACAUGAUCAUAGACUAUGCUGGUCGGAGGCCACUGCUGCUGGGGGGAUACAUCUUCAUGGCAGGAUGGGCCAUUGUCUUCAUGGUCGCUCUGAGCCAGCAGACUCAGAUUAGCUGGAUGCCUUAUCUCAGCAUGGCCUGCAUUUUCGCCUAUAUCCUGAGCUUUGGAAUCGGACCAGCUGGUGUAACAGGAGUUCUGCCCACAGAGGUUUUUGAUCAAAUGUCCCGACCAGCUGCUUACAUGAUCUGUGGCUCCCUGCUCUGGUUCAACCUGUUCCGGGUGGGAACAGCCUUUCCAUUCAUUGUGAAAAGUCUAGCACAUUUCUGCUACAUCCCAUUCCUUGUGGUCUGUGUCUGCACUGCCCUCUACGUUUGGUUUUUCCUUCCUGAGACAAAGGGAAAAUCCUUCCUGGAAAUCUCAGAGGAGUUCAGGAAACGGAACUUCAAAGCCAAGACCCGUGGAGGUUUCUAUAAAGGCCCUGAGGAGAUCAAAACCACCACGUUGUAGCAGAAGAAAGGAAGAUGAUAUCUGGGGGGAUCCUGCAGUGAAUUCAGCAGUGCUAUGUGCCCUUGCAGGGACACAAAGAGAGAAGUUAGUGUCAAUAUAUUAUUCUUGGGUUCUUAAGUUCACCUUGAAAAUAUAAACUUGAACUGAUAAAUCCAAGCAAAAGUUCAAUAAUCUGUUCUCAGCUUUUAGUACUGAGUAACACAUGCAUAUUUUAGAAUGCAUAUCUGAGAGUGACAGAAUGAUGCCUUAUUCUCUUAUCAUCAUACAACACCAUGUAAUGCUUUAGAAAAUUUCUUCAGAAUUUCUCCAAACAGUAACUUCCAUCUCAGGAGUCCUUCUUUCCUUGCCCCUGAAUCUGGGCUUUCUAACACAGAAAUUAAUGCGAUUAAAGUCUGUUUUCAGACACCAGAUGAAAUUUUCAGUACCUUGUCUUGGUGCUCCCGUUGUUUCUGUUAUUAAGUGAUUUCAAAUAGACCCCUGCUUGUUAAGCAAUAGUGAGCAGUUAAUUAUUUUCAGCUGUAAAAACAUGUGACAGAUGGAUUAGAAAGAAAGCCUCUAGUACUUGCUAAGUGGCUUAUUAUACAACAGACUUUUGGGCACUGUUUUGCAGACUAUUUAUUCUGGACUGGUUUUCUUCAUGGCUUGUUUGCUGUCAUCCAGUCCUGUGUUGUGAAGCACAAGUGAUUCUCUGGUGCAGUUUGCUCUGCUCCCAAGGACACUGCUGGUGCAUGCUGUGGGGCUCUGCACCUGUGCUCUGCUGAGGUUAAAGGUGCAGAGGAGCUGCCGUGGCAGCAGCUGCAGGCCACAGCUCAGUGUUCUCUGCAGCAUGUCCGUGCUGCCUCUGUAGAGACAUUGGCAAAGACCCAGAUGUGAGAGUGAUUCUUUUUGGUUGACCUGAUACAGAACACGGCAACUCCUCACUGAACGUGAACUUUCACAGGCAUUGGCCUGACUGUUAAGUUUCUCCCAGUUUCUUCUCAAAGUCAUGAUCAAGCCACUUCUUUUCUCUUGACUUUGUAUGAAAGGCACAGCGCUGCUCAUGUUUACAACAAAGAAGAACACACACAUUUUCAAAAUAAGUAGGUAGAGUCUCUUUCAGUGUAUUUUGAAACUACAUUUUAAAGAAUAAUGCAGCAUUUUUGAAUAAAAAGACUGCACAAAUUUCUGGAGUGUAUUAGUGUCAUGUUGGGCAUGAGUGGAGCAGCAUAUCUAUUUCUCAAAAGAGGAGUCUGUCUUUCUUUACCCAAAGUUUAUAACAUAUGAAAAAUAAAAGUAAACUUUUUUCCUUU